UUUUAGCUAUCUGAUACAACAGGGUAUGCCUUACCUGGUAGAUGUAUCCUAUAUGUGUCAGAAGUGUGACAUACCCCUACCGAUGUCCCACGUACAAGGGGUCUAUGUAUCCCCCGUACAUGUUUCUGGUACUUGUGAGUUUGGUUCUGUUACAGGAGGCACGGUUUGGGAAAGCUGAACUGGUGGAAGAGGAAGCGUGUACCAUUAACGGGGAGCCUGAUUACUGCCCUCUAACGGAGACAUGUUGUACUAAUUACUGCUGUCCCAGUAAAAGCAUCUGCUUCAAUGAUGCAUGUCUGUCAUACUGGGUCAUCGUUGUUCCUUCAGUGGUGGCGCUAGGCAUCCUCUUCACCAUCACACUAUGCUGUAUAAACCACAUAAAAAAUAGAAGAUGGACUCCCGACUGACAGGUCAUCAAAACAUGUUCUUUCUUUUAGAAUCACAAUUUACUUUAUUCUAGUCGUACGAAGUAAUUGUUAAUGAUUGGUAAUGCGAGUAUUUUUGUACUUCUCGUGAACCUAUAAACAGUGUUACAGUGUUAUGUUUGUCUAAAUGUCUGUGAGUUGCGUAUUGUACAUAAAGUUUGUUUAAGCGCGUUGUAAUGUAUACAGGUAGUCGGGAUUAUUAUACCUCUACUUAUUUUACACUAUACAAAAGUAACCACAUAAACAAGCUAUUUCCCCUCUAACUGCAUGCCAGGGAAAUAGUUCGUCUGGAGGGGUGCGAUAGUUUUGAAACUAUUUCCCUCGGAAAAUGCGGAAAAUUGAGUGACGUCGUGGCCGGAGCCUGACCGAAUAUUGACCAAUCAGCGCAAUCGGAAAUUUUUAGUUUUGUUAAUAAAGUGUCCCAACU